CAGGUAGGCACUGGCGUUAACAGUGGCUUUCUAGUCUACCUACUCUGGUGGAAGACUGAGCUUCUGAAAGUGAGUGAUUUCUUCAACUUGAAUCUUACUAAUUGGAAUUCUCCUUUUCAAAUUAAAGGUAUGUCUGCGACUUUUGACCUCCGGAAAAUACUACUUAUCGUUAGUGGUGGGACCAUGGUGGCCAUACUCGUGCUAACAGUUGUUGUCAUCUAUCUUUACAUCAAACUGUCCAAGGCAAUGAAGGCUUCAAAGGAAUGUGAUCCUGAGGCUAACUCAGCCACCAACACCAAGGACAAGGUCAUCUUGGCUGAAACCGCUGCCGUGGACUCUUGUCCCACCUCUGAACUUUGUGAUGAAUGCAAAAUGUAUGCAGAUUAUGAUGCCCUGCCACCUUGCUUUUGUGACAAAAAUGAAGUACCCUGAUGUGGCCAUGGGGGACACAGAAAUAAAUCUUCAUGAGGACUAUUUCUCUUAAAAUUCUGUUAUUCAAAUUGAGUUCCAUAACGUUACUCUAUACUAUAUU